AUGAGAUACCCAUCAAUUUAGCAGAUAAAUCAGACUGAUUAAUUGUAAUUACCAAUUAAAAGAGAGCUAAAUUUCACUGGAAUUACGAAUAAAAACUAUCAACAGCAACAACAACUUUAAUUACCUUAAUCUUAAUAUUCCAGUAAUCUAGAAUAACUUUUUGAUGCUCAAUAACUUUAUUGUAACGAGAGCUUGCCAUCAUUCUAGCUAGAUGAUUCUGAAAAAAUAUAAAAUGAUGAUGUUAAAUAAGAGCAAUAGCAGUAGAUAUAGUUAAUGGGCCAAAAUUAAAGCUAUCAAACUCAUGAAUAAUAAAUUGACCACUCUAUAUUUAAGUUGGAAAACUUUAUCCCAUAUCCCUCUAUAAUUCCCCUUCAACCUUUAUAAUUCCAAAUGCCUAUGAUGGACUAUCAAGCUGACAACUAGUAGAUGAUAAGAGAUUCGUAAUUGCAUAUGCAAUAGUAACAGCAAUAGUAAAUACAAAAUCUCAAGUAAUAGUCUUAGCAGUAAUAGUAAUAAUAUUUGACCAAGUUAGAGAAAGAUAAUCACGGAAAUGUAAGAAUUGAUAUCGAUGUGUCCUACCUAAAGACCUUAAAUUUCAAGGAUGUAAAGGAGAUUAGGGAGAAGAUAGAUGAUAUUUUUGCGCCAUAAAAUAUCAAAAUGAUUUCAAAAAGAGCUGAGAGACAUUAUCCAAAUGGCUACUGCGUCUAUGUGCUCUACUGUAAUAGAUGCUAGAAAAGAAACCCUACCUAUAAAAGGACUAAGUAAUAUACAAAAAGAUCGACAAACUGCCCAUUUCAUAUGAAAUUUACAAAGACGGAUGAUGAACUCUACUCUCUUCAUGAUGGCGAGUUUUAUCACAAUCAUGAAUUGAGUAUACCAGUGCUUGACCCAGAGAUAUUACUAGAGUUGGAUAACUUUGAUCCUACUCAGCAUAAGCCUGCUCACAUUAAGAAGUUCAUAAAUGAAAAAUUUAAGAAAGACAUAUCCUAUGCUUAGAUAGCAUAUGAAAUGAAUAAAAGAAAGCAAAAGAUUAUGGGGAAAACAAAGGAUGAUACAAAGAAACUCAAAGAACUAAUAGAGUUGCAGAAAGAUGGUAAAUUUAAGAUGUACCAAGAUAAAGAAGGGAAUUUGAGUCGUAUUUUGUAUAGUAGUGAUCGAAUGUUCAACCUGCCUGCAUUUUUGAUAGUUGGAAUAGAUCAGCAUGGAAAGAACAGACUUUUUGCAUUUGGACUACUCCAGAAUGAGACAACAGAGGACUAUGUCUGGGUUUUUAGAAAAUUCAGCGAAAUAAUGGAAGAUCUUAAGCCUCUAGUUAUUAUAACUGAUUAGUGCGCCAAACUUACAGCUGCUAUUCAAUAAGUUUAUUAGGAUUAGGUGAUUCAUAAAUUUUGUGGUUGGCAUGUACAGUAGAAUUUGAAGAAGAAGAUUUCUUCAGCUCUAGUUAAAAAUGAGGACUUAAUACUAAAAAAAAUUUACGUAAAGAAAAAAUAAUGGGCUAGAUGCUAUAAUUUAGAUAUUUUUACUGCUGGAAUUCAUACUAAUGCUAGAAUAGAGAGUUAUAAUUCAGUAAUUAAAAGAUUUUUGAACUGGUCGACUCCGAUUAAUUAUUUCUUUAAAGCUAUAGAAGAGUACGAAAAUACCCAGAUUUUGCAAACUAAGCUACUUGAGAACAAAGAGUAAAAUAAAUUACUUUAGGAUAAAAAUAACAAACAUUUAAUUCAUCCCUGUUUUAUUAAGUGGGAGGGUAAGUAUAGUGACUUUGCCAUUAAGAACAUGAAGAAGUAAUAUCUGAAAUCUUUGAAUUUAGAAAUCAAAGAGGAACAGGAUAAUUUUAUUGUGUGGAAUCGAAAAUUCAAUUUUGAGAAUUCAGUUAAAUAAAGCAUUACUAUUGAAGAUCCUAAAAUUAAAUGUACUUGUAAGUAUUGA